AUGACGAACGAACGGACAUCCGACUCCAUCGGUCUCUUGGAGUGUGGGAACGGCAAGUUCCAAAAGGUCACAUUGUCCAAUGUGAUAGUCAAGCUCAUUGGAACGUGUCCCAUCUUCCGAGCUCAACGACCCACGACACUAACAGCCCUUGAGCAAGAACAUCACCAAAGGGCCGAGGAUCAAGGAUGGGCGUGGAGAAUAGGCCCAGUUACCAAUGUGGAGGUUCCCAACAUGGGUCUUUCAUCUGGAGUGAAAAAUCGAUACUUCAAGAACCCUCGUCUGCGAAGCUGGGAAAUGUUCAAGACCAACGUUGAGGCUCAAGCCAAGCCGGGAGGAUCAAUCCUGGCUCAGCUAGUACCGAGCCUCAACACGAACCAGCAGGGGAGCUGCACGUCGGAGUUAUUCCCACGAGAAAACACCCUAGAGGCAUUAGUAAAGCAGAGAAAAGCCUGCGGUGGAGAUGACGACUGA